AUGCCCACUCGGGGGCUCCAGGGCCCCCUCCCAGGCCGACUUGCUGCCAGGCCUGAAAGAAACCACUGGCUUCCCAGUGAGCCCCUGGCGCAGCACCCGGUCUUCCCUGCACACCCCGAGUCAACAGGGCACCAGGGGAACUGCCUGGGCAAGCUCCCCAGGGCCCGAGGAGCCAGGCUCAGCCCACCAGAGCAGACCCUGAGAACUCGCCUCGGCUCGGAAAGAGGGGCGUGGCCCCAGCACCCCACUGAUGAACCAGGGGCAGCUCCGGGCCCUAGACGGCCGCCAGAGCUCCUCUCGCCCCCUUCCUGGGCUGGCCCUGUGGUCUCGGAACGGGCGUGGGUCCCCGGAGUCGCAAUCCCCUACCCGAAACCGCCCGAUCGCGCCCCGCGACCGCCAGCCCCGCCGCCCACCAGGCCCAGGGACGCGCAAGAGCCCUCGGAGCGGCCACGGGAAGCGACUGACCCAGGAGAGGCCCCGCGCGGGGCGGCGAGAAGGCCGGGCGCGCGGCUGGCGCACCGCCCCUCCCAGCCCGCGCGGGCCUGCGGGCCUGGGCGGACCGGCGCCCACUCCGACCCCGCGGGCCUGCCGGCGCCGGACGUCCAGCGCGCUCCGCCGACACGGGCCGGCCGAAGGGCCCUCCCGGCAGCGCUGCAGCGAACUUUCUCCCCGCCCGGCUCGGAGGAGGCGGCGCGGCCCGCGAGCUCGGCGGGCAGGGUCCCAUCCCGGCCGGGCGGGGACGCGCGGGCUCAGUGCCGGCGCCGCGGCCGCGCCCGGACACGCGUGAACCAGGCGGGAGCCGCAGGGACACGCGGGGGCGCGGACACGCGCGCCGCAGCGCCCCCCCCCCCCCGCGUGACCCCUGCCCGCUGCUCGGCCGCAGCCGCGAGGAGGCCGGCCCGGGGCCGCCCGGAGCCCGGACCCCCACUGGACCAUCGCAGGACCCCCGCCCGCCCCGCCGCGGGGAAAGUUGAGCCCCUACUCACAGGCUGCCCCGGGGCGCGCCCGCCGCCCGCCAUCGCCGCUCGCCGCCCGCGCCGCCGCCCGCCCCUGCCCCGCCGCGGGGCCGCCGAAGCCGCGCAGGCCGCCCAGGCCGAGGCCGCCGCGCCCGGGCUCCGCUGCGUGGCCGCCGCCGCUGCCCAGCAUGAAUGGGGCGCCAGGCGCGCGGAUGCGGACCGGCCUCGCUCUCGCCGCCCGCGGAGCGCCGCGCGCAUGCGCCGCCCGGGGGGGCCGGGCCGGGGCGGGGCCUGCUCGGGGGCGGGGCCUGCUCGGGGUGGGGCCGGCGGCGGCCUCCAGGGGGCGCUCGAUCCCCGCCGCCUGCCUGGGCCCCACCACACGCUGUAA